AUGUGCGCUGCUGCUGCAACUACUAUGGCUAUCACUACCAUUACCGUCUCUACUGUUACUACUCCUACUCCUUUUACUACUACUACACAAGUAGCAGGACAUGCUGAGCACUUGUCAGAUAAAUUGAACCACCACCCUCACCUUUACCACCAUCUCCCCUCAAAUCAUAAUGGAGACUGCCCAGACCCAUAUUCAAGAGCCUUGGAAACAACAGUGCCCACCAAACCACUGGUCUUGUUUUCAGCCAAGCCUCCAAAGUCAUUAUUGGGAGAAAUAAUCCAGAAGCCUGAACUUCAAAGUCUUAGAAUUAGCAAUGCCUCCAGCUCAGAACCUGUAACCAUCACUCCAGGAAACAAUCCGUAUGGAGACGCAACCUUGAAACUACUCCUUCCGUGCUUCUCAGUGGGUCCCGCCCCUGGUUGCGACCUACACUUAAGAAGUGCUAGAGUAGUCUUCCCCCUGCUGGCACUGAAGGCGAAGAAGAAAGCAGUUAUCUCCCCCAAGACAGAAGCUAAGUCCAAGCCCUUGAAGACCAAGAAGGCAGUGUUGAAAGGUGUUUAUAGCCACGAAAAGAAGAUCCAAACAUCCCCCACAUUCCUACGACCCAAGACACUAAGACUUUGACGGCAGCCCAAGUACCCUCUGAAAAGUGCCCCUUGCAGGAACGAGUUUGAUCACUAUGCCAUUAUUAAGUUUUCCUUGACCACUGAGUCUUCUAUGAAGAAGACUGAGGACAAUAACACUCUGGUCUUCAUUGUGGAUGUCAAAGCCAACAAGCAUCAGAUCAAGCAGUGUGACAUCGAAGUGGCCGAGGUUAACAUGCUGAUCUGGCCUGAUGGAGAGAAGGCCUCUGUCCAACUUGCUCCAGACUAUCACGCUUUAGAUGUUGCCAACAAAAUUGGAAUCAUCUAA